AGUAAAAAAUUGUUGAAAAAUAAUAGGCAAGAAGAUUAGGUGCAAUAGGGUGAUGAGGCUAUUAGGCAGGCGAGAUUGAUGAGGCAUGGUGGGGUGAAGCAUUAAGCUGCGAGGAUCAAAGUGGAGAUGAGGCGAGACAAGGAGAGGAGAAAUGGAGCAGAUCAAGCAAGACCAUGACAACAAGAUUAGAAAGAGGAGAGUGGGAAAAGAGCAGAAGAGGUGCAACAAGGAGAGGAGAAAUGGAGCACAGCAAGCAAGACUAUCACAACAAGAUCAGGGAGGGGAAUUGGGGAAAAGAAGAGCAAAAUGGCAAGGCGAAGCUGCCAUGAGUUGAGAAGUAUAGAAGAUCUUCCCUACAAAUGGGUAUGCCAUGUGUUGCAUUCCAGAUCACGUAGGCCCGAGUGAAAACGAGUUUACUUUUUAUUAUUUUACUCACGUAUUAAAGUAUCAUUGAUCAA